AAGGAUAUGAAAUAGCCGGGUCGGAAACUUCUCCCGGGUCUAUUGUUCUUUCGGAUCAGAAAUUCCGUUUAUAUAGACAUUUAAGGAAAAAAAAAACUUAACAGUUUCAAGAAUGGGCCGUGGUGCUACAGAAAGUACAUUGAUUCAUCACGUUGUUAUAGUGCUUCUCCUUCUAUGGCUGCUCAAUUCCUUGAAUUGGUGUCACCCUUUUGCUUAUUUUAUCUCCAUAGCUUAUAUCUAUUGGGUUCAUGAGAGCUAUGUGAGUAGAUUGAGGAAGAGAUUGCAGUUUGAGGAAAAAAAGCAGUCGUAUCAAAGACGGCUGCUUUCUGAUUCAGAAAGUGUAAGAUGGUUGAAUCAUGUGUUAGAGAAGAUCUGGCCUGUUUGUAUGGAGGAAAUUGUCUCUCAGAAAAUUCUCCUUCCCAUCAUACCAUGGUUUAUGCAAAAAUAUAAACCCUGGACAGUGAAAAGUGUUGUUGUCCAGCAUUUGUACUUAGGGAGAUGCCCGCCUUUGUUCACUGAAAUGAGAGUUCUUCAGAACUCCACCGGAGAUGAUCACUUGGCCUUGGAGUUGGGAAUGAACUUCUGCACAGAGGAUAUGAAUGCAGUUCUAGCUGCAAAACUGAAGAAAAGAUUGGGUUUUGGGAUGUGGGCAAAAUUACACUUGUUAGGCAUGCAUGUUGAAGGGAAGGUUUUGGUAGGUGUGAAGUUUCUCUCCCAGUGGCCAUUUCUUGAUCGUUUAAGGGUUUGCUUUGCUGAGCCACCUUAUUUUCAGAUGACUGUGAAACCUAUAUUCUCUCAUGGACUAGAUGUUACAGAAGUCCCAGGGAUUGCUGGAUGGCUGGACAAACUUUUGGCCCUUGCUUUUGAGCAGACUCUUGUUGAGCCAAACAUGCUAGUUGUUGAUGUAAAGAAAUUUGCGUCUCCACAACCAGAAAGUUGGUUCUCUGUUGAUGCUAAGGAAACCAUUGCUCAUGUUCUUGUGCAAGUUUUUGAGGCUGCUGACUUGAAGCCAUCGGAUCUUAAUGGAUUAGCUGAUCCGUACCUGAAGGGAAGCCUUGGGCCUUACAGAUUCAGGACCAAGACACAUAAGAAGACACUGAAUCCAAAGUGGCAAGAGGAAUUCAAAAUCCCGGUCUGCUCCUGGGAGUCACCUAAUGAUGAACUCAAGAUUGAAGUUUUGGAUAAAGAUCACUUUGUGGAUGAUUCAUUAGGAGAAUGCUCCAUAAAAAUAACGGACUAUAGGGACGGACAGAGGCAUGAUAUCUGGUUGCCUCUUCAGAAUAUCAAAAUGGGGAGGCUGCAUCUUGCAAUAACUGUGAUUGAGAAAAAGGAUGCAGAACAAAUGUAUGACGAAGAAACUCUUGUUGAUAAAGACUACGUGGAUUCCUUUGAGAAUGAUGCAGCCGAGGCAGGCUCCUCACCUGAAUUACCUGAAAAAUCCCCCAAAGUUGGGGACAAAUACGAGCCCAUCGAUAUUGAAGGGAAACAAGAGACUGGGGUGUGGGUCCAUCACCCGGGGGUUGAAAUCGCACAAGUCUGGGAGCCAAGGAAGGGUAAAGGUAGGAUGAUUGAUGGAGAGGACUCAGAUUCUAUGAGGAGUUUCAAGUCAAAAACACCCGGAUCACCUCAUAGUGAUGACAAUGAGACCGGGCAGUCAACUAAUAGAUUCCGUAGGGGCUUGAGUAAAAUCAGUUCAAUGUUUCAAAAGGGUCCCAUAAAUCACGACAAAUACGACACCCUUGGUGAGCCAUCCACACCUCCACAUGUGAAUCUCAAGGCAGUAAAUGCGAAGCAAAUCGGUGUACAAUUUGUGGUGGACGAUACGGACCCUGCCCAAUCCCCCACAAGACCAAAAGAAGAUGGUAAAGAAUCACUGGAGGAUGAUGAACAAGACGGUCCAAGUACUAAAGAGAAAAUGAAAGACAGGGCGAAGAACAUGUUGAAGCAUGUGGGAAAAUCUGCUCAUGGUGGCAUAAAACAUGUCCUUUCUCAUAAAGGAUCAAGAAAAUCGAAAUAUGAGCCAGAGUUAUCUGGUACAGAUUCUUCGGACGAGUCAUUUGUUGGUACCACACAACAAGCUGCAGCAGUUCAACGUGCUCAUCGAAUAUCUGAUUCUGGUAGUGAUUAUAUAACAGAGACUUCAAAUGCAAAGGAAGAGAACCCCCUUCCAGGGGAUCUAAUCCAGAUGGAUUUAGCAGCUUCUCAUGGUCCUAAAACUCCGUUGGCAAACGUUGCAGAUGAAUGAGGCAAUCAAGACAGAUGAAUGCAUAGGGAUGGUUUCUUGUGUACCUUAAAAGCAGUUGGAGAGUAAAAGUUGUUUUACUUGUUUACUGUACAUUCUCCUCGCAUACUAUAAACUACAGCAAUACUAUGUGGUCUUGAGUUGCCCAUGUAAUAGUUCUCAUGUUUGUAAAAUCCAAAGGUAUAUGUCCAAGAACUAUGUGCACAUGUUUGCUUUCCGGGGCUUUUUGAAUCUCCUGGCAUACUAUUACUACACCAAAACUAUGUUGUCUUUGCCCAUAUACACUAAAUCCAAAUGUACAUCUCCAAGGACUAUGCGCAUUUGGGGGGGGGG